UUUACAUCACCGUCCUGCUGCUCUCUCUCUCUCUCUCUCUCUCUCUCUCUCUCUCUGUGGAAAGAGGAACUGGAACCGGAAGCUUCGGCUAGAGCUAGGCGGUGAAGCGUGCUUCAGAUUCCCUGCUACCUCGCAAGCCUUCAGAUAGCAUGGAAGAGGAGAAUGCAGUUGAGCUUCUUCAACGAUACAGACGGGAUAGACGCAUACUACUUGAUUUCAUACUUUCUGGCAGCUUAAUUAAGAAAGUUCAAAUGCCUCCUGGAGCUGUUUCUUUAGAUGACGUGGAUCUAGAUCAAGUCAGUGUGGAUUAUGUACUUGGCAGUGCCAAGAGAGGUGGAAUGCUUGAACUAUCAGAAGCUAUCAGAGACUAUCACGAUAAAACUCUGUUUCCGCAGAUGAAUAAUAUGGGUUCUGCAGAUGAGUUCUUUUUGGCCACAAAUCCUGAAUCUUCUGGUUCACCACCAAAGCGGGCACCACCGCCUAUCCCUGUCUUUACAGCAUCACCCAUUGUGCCUAGUCUUUUAAAUUCAGAGUCUCUUAGCUCCGUACCGGUCGAAGAUUCUCUUGGUUCUAUGCAUGCAGAAGAGUCCCGUAACUCAACACAAGUGCAAGAUCUAUCUGUAGAUGAUAUUGAUGAUUUUGAGGAUGAUGACGGUUUAGAAGAAGUUGAGAGCUGCAUGAAAUCAAGAAGGGUUCUAAAUGAUGCCUCUGAUCUUGUGCUGGGAUUGCCUUCAUUUGCAACAGGUCUCAGCAAAGAUGAUCUUCGUGAAACUGCAUAUGAAAUUCUCUUGGCUGCUGCAGGUGCUGCAGGGGGGCUCAUCAUUCCAACUAAGGAAAAAAAGAAAGAGAAAAAAUCCAGAUUUAUGAGGAAGCUUGGACGUAGUAAGGGCGAAAAUGUUGUCAACCAGUCACAACACACACCCGGACUAGUUGGUUUAUUAGAGACUAUGCGUGUACAGAUGGAGAUUUCUGAAGCAAUGGACAUUAGAACGAGACAGGGGCUGCUCAAUAGUCUGGUGGGAAAAGUAGGAAAAAGAAUGGAUACUCUUUUGGUCCCUCUGGAAUUGCUUUGCUGCAUUUCACGUACAGACUUUCCAGACAAGAAAGCCUAUAUACGGUGGCUAAAAAGACAAUUAAACAUGUUGGAGGAGGGGCUAAUAAAUCACCCUGCUGUUGGUUUUGGUGAAUCUGGGCGCAAGGCAAGUGAAGUGAGGAUCCUUUUGGCAAAGAUAGAGGAAUCCGAGUCCCUUCCGUCUUCUACGGGUGAACUCCAACGCACAGAAUGCUUAAGAUCUCUCAGAGAAGUUGCCAUUCCACUUGCAGAAAGGCCAGCACGAGGUGACAUAACUGGUGAAAUAUGCCAUUGGGCAGAUGGCUAUCACCUAAAUGUUAGACUAUAUGAGAAACUGCUCCUUAGUGUGUUUGAUGUUCUAGAUGAGGGAAAACUUAUAGAGGAAGUAGAGGAAAUUCUUGAGCUUCUGAAGUCAACAUGGCGUAUUCUGGGAAUCACAGAGACCAUCCACUAUACCUGUUAUGCUUGGGUGUUAUUUCGCCAGUUUGUCAUCACAAGUGAGCAAGGAAUCUUGCAGCAUGCAAUUGAACAGCUACAUAAAAUACCUCUGAAGGAACAAAGGGGCCCACAAGAACGUUUACACUUAAAAAGCUUGCUUUCUAGAAUUGAAAGAGAAGAAGGGGCUCGAGAAGUUGCAUUCCUACAGUCCUUUUUAUCACCUAUUAAAAAAUGGGCUGAUAAGCAGCUGGGAGACUAUCAUCUGCGCUUUGCUGAGGGGUUAGCAUUGAUGGAAGAUAUUUUAACUGUUUCCAUGCUUUCUCGGAGGUUGCUUCUUGAAGAGACUGAAAUGGCACUUCAGUCUGUUACAGACAGAGAUCAGAUAGAGACAUAUAUAUCUGUAUCCAUUAGGAAUGCAUUCACAAGGAGUUUACAGGAGGUUGAAGCAACAGCUGAUGCAACAAAUGAGCACCCUUUGGCUUUACUUGCCGAACAGACGAAGAAACUUUUGAAGAAAGAUGCAACCAUGUUCAUGCCAAUCUUAUCUCAGAGGCAUCCACAAGCAACUCUUGUUUCAUCAUCUCUUCUCCACAAACUUUAUGGGAUCAAGCUGAAACCAUUUGUCGAUGGUGCUGAGCAUCUUACUGAGGAUGUUGUAUCAGUAUUUCCAGCAGCUGAUAGCCUUGAGCAGUAUGUAUUGACACUUAUUACUUCUACUUGUGAAGAGGGAUCUGCGGAGGCCCAUGUUAAGAGACUAACUCUAUACAAGAUUGAAACUGUAUCUGGAACACUGGUUCUGCGCUGGGUCAAUUCACAGCUUGGAAGAAUUUUAGGUUGGGUUGAACGGGCUAUUCAACAGGAGCGGUGGGAGCCAGUAUCACUUCAGCAGCGACAUGGGAGUUCAAUUGUUGAAGUUUACAGGAUUGUUGAAGAGACAGUUGAUCAAUUCUUUGCUCUUAAGGUUCCAAUGAGGUUGAGUGAAUUGAGUAGCAUGUUUCGUGGCAUUGACAAUGCAUUUCAAGUGUACACAAGGCACAUUGUUGAUAAAUUAGCUAACAAAGAAGAUCUCGUUCCACCUGUUCCUGUCCUCACAAGAUACAGAAAGGAAGUUGGAAUUAAGGCUUUCGUAAAGAAGGAACUAAUUGACACAAAGCUACCUGAUGUGAAAAGAUCUACUGAAAUUAAUAUUCUGACUACACCAACACUCUGCGUUCAGUUAAAUACACUCUAUUAUGCUAUAAGUCAACUAAACAAGUUGGAAGAUAGCAUUUGGGAGCGAUGGACAAGGAAAAAGCCACAAGAUAAGUCAGUCAACAGGUAUAUUGACGAGAAUUCAAGAAGUUCCAAGAAAAAGGACACAUUUGAUGGAAGCAGAAAAGAUAUUAAUGCAGCUAUGGAUCGUUUCUGUGAGUUUAUUGGAACUAAGAUUGUUUUCUGGGAUCUAAGGGAGGUUUUCAUUGAAAACCUUUAUAAGCCAAGUGUUUCUCAGUCCAGGAUAGAAGGGCUCAUUGAACCUCUUGAUAUGGCAUUAAAUCAACUAUGUGAUAUCAUUGUUGAACCACUCAGGGACCGGAUUGUCACAGGGCUCCUUCAAGCAUCAUUGGAUGGAUUACUCCGAGUUAUACUAGAUGGAGGCCAAUCACGUGUCUUUUCCACAGCCGAUGCUAAACUAUUGGAAGAAGAUCUGGAAGUACUAAAGGAGUUCUUUAUUUCUGGAGGAGAUGGGCUUCCUCGUGGAGUAGUUGAAAAUCAAGUAGCACGAGUCCGGCAAGUGGUGAAGUUGCAUGGCCAUGAGACAAGGGAGUUGAUUGAGGACCUGAAAUCUUCUAGCGGAUUAGAAAUGCAGGGCAGUAAAACCAGACUGGGUGCCGAUGUGCAGACCCUUCUGAGGAUAUUAUGUCACAGGAGUGACUCUGAGGCGUCUCAGUUCCUCAAGAAACAGUACAAGAUACCCAAAUCUGCUGCUUAAUUAGCAUAGCAUAAUAAUCUGACAAUGGAAGAUGUACAACACAACUAACAAGUUGCUGUUCAUUUGUUCUUUUUUACUUAUGAAGUGA